AUGCAACCAGUUCCUCGCUCAUGCUCGGCCGCCCAUGAGCUCCAGAGCAAGCACGGUAUCAACUACAGCCUCACCCUGAUGUUCUCUCAGGUGCAGGCCAUCGCCGCCGCCGAGGGUGGCGCCUUCCUGAUCUCAUCCUUAGUUAGCCGCAUCCUCGACUGUUUCGUUCUCGGCCUGAUAAGCUUGCCCGAGAAGGGGCCCGACACCCGAUCCAUCGUCGAGCCUACCGGCGCCCUGACCCUUGCUGGUCUCAAGAAAUACGCCGCUGAGCAUCAGCCGUCCACUCCGACCUCCUCCCUCUGCGCCAUCCUCUCGGGGGCCAACAUGGACUUCGACCGCCUGCGGUUCGUCGCCGGGCGUGCCCGGUUGGGAGAAGGCAAUGAAGUGCUCCUCUCAAUGAUCGUUCCAGACCAGCCCAAGGUCUUCAAUUCGAUGAUACAGUGCAUUCUCCCGCGGCCAGUCAUAGAGUUCUCUUACCGUUUCGGCAACCAGACAAAGCCAUUAUCUUCAUGUCCAUCCUUGUGCAGGAUAGAGAUACGGAGAUCCCGCAGAUACCCACCAAGGUGCCAUCCUCCAGCGACAUUCGCUACCUUGGAUCCGGACCUCGUUGCGGUCUCGACUAGCUAA